AUGUCUUGUAAUAUGAGCGUCAUAUUGAAGGGCAAGAUGGUUAUGCUACCAGAGAGUGGGUUCCAGACCAAGGAACGGAGCUCGUUUCAAACCUCAGCCACGCACACAUUAAUAUUCCGAGUAAUCAUUCAACAUUUGUAUGCAACACCAGAAUUGUCAUCUAAUGUAAGUACCACAAAGUGCAUUUUGAUGAUUAAGGAGAGCGCAUUAGAUGGAGCAGUUUAUUUUUGUAAUUUAAGUUUAAUAACAAACAAAAAAUGUAUUCAACUUAACAAUAAGCGAAACAUUACAAGUCUUCUAGUAUUCUCAAAUUUCUCGGUUAUGGAAGCGACAGGUGUAUCAGCGUUACAGCUGCUUGAGCCAAAAGUAGGUGUCAGAUUAUUGCAUGGAUUUGUGUCUCCCAUAAAUUGUUUUUGGAGUAUAAUGCUAUCUUGUCAUGCACCGGAAUCUGUACUGGUAGCUGUCACUGUAUACAUGAUAUGCCGCGCUUACUGGAACUUCGCUUUUGAAGAGUUUCCCUUGCUUAACAGCGUUGUAGCGAAAAACACCUCUAGUGUAGUAUCCCGUAGUUCUGCAACGAGGACUUCCGACAACAAUUCACCUCAUUAG